GAGGACGAGUGCAGGACAGGCUCUGAACCCACUCCGGCGGAACGAUAUCCGGCAGAAAAGCCUUUGGAGCAGGUGAAACCACCAGCAGAGCCGAUCAAGCCUACGGAGCCAAAAAGAGUUGAAUUUAUCGAUGAAGGAUGUAGAACUGCUUCCGAACCCACUCCGAAACCGGUUGACGAAUGCAAGACUGCUUCUGAGCCGACACCUAUAGCAGAUGAACGAUAUGCACCUCGAAGGCAGCCCGCGCCGAUACCAGAAGAGUGUCCCAAGGAAGAGGUUCCACCCAGUGAGACAACAGCCAAAACGAAAACUGAGACCACCACAGAAAUUGCUUCAACCCGUACAGUCGAAAGGGCGGACACAGACCAAAACUGUACGACCGCGAGGCAUCCGUCACAAAAGCAGCCCCCGAGUGAACAGGAGAAGCAGCCAUGUGUGCCGUCAGAAACGGAACAAAAGGAGCCGAUGCAGCAUGGAGUGGAAGCCCCUGAAGAAAUUGCGGAGUUGAUUACGGAAGAGCCGGAAAAGCCUAAACCUGAACCUUCGGAUCCUUUAGCUGAACCCUUGCUGCCAGCUGUAGAACCAGUUGAAUCACAGGAAGCGUGGAAUAAACCGAUGGAAGUUGAUGGCACACAACCUGGGUCAGUAGAACAGUUGAAAGUUGACAACACUCCAGCUUCCUCAAAGGAGAGUGAGGCACCACCAGCAGAAGUACAGAAGGUGACAACAGAAUCGCAAUCACAACGCACACGCAGAAUGGAGAGGGAUGAAAAAGUGGAUAUAUCGAAGGAGCGAGACAUGAUUGAACAGCAAAGAUGUAGAGAAGAAAGCGGUUCUACCGCAACGAAGGAUUCUCAGAGGUCGGAACAGUCAUCGAAGACGAAGAUGCCCAUGCGGACACAGAUUGUCACG